UCUCCGGGAGGGUGGCUGGUUCCACCGCGUCGCUCGCUCUGCGUCACCUAGAGGAAGCGGAGCUGGCGGCCGGCUCCGUGCCCAUCGCGGGAGGCAGUUAUGGGCGCCGUCGCCCCGGAUUGUAAUUUUGUGUCAGUGUGCAAUCCAUAAAAAGUGCCAACAUGGGAAAGAAACGAACAAAGGGGAAAAGUGUUCCAGAUAAGGCUUCCUCUGAAUCUACAGAACCGAUGUGCAGACAUCUUAGAAAAGGGUUGGAACAAGGUAAUUUGAAAAAAGCUUUAGUAAAUGUGGAAUGGAAUAUCUGCCAAGACUGUAAGACUGACAAUAAAGUGAAAGAUAAACCUGAGGAGGAAGCAGAAGACCCUUCGGUUUGGCUGUGUCUUAAAUGUGGCCAUCAGGGCUGUGGCAGAGAUUCUCAGGAGCAGCACGCCUUGAAGCACUACACAACACCGAGAUCCGAGCCUCACUAUCUGGUGCUUAGUUUAGACAACUGGAGCGUCUGGUGCUACAAGUGUGACGAAGAAGUCAAGUACUGUAGCUCAAACCGAUUGGGCCAAGUGGUUGAUUAUGUUAGAAAACAAGCUGGCGUAACAACUUCAAAACCAGCAGAGAAAAAUAAUGGACACAUUGAGCUUGAAAAUAAAAAAUUGGAGAAAGAGAGUAAAAAUGAACAAGAGAGAGAGAAAUCGGAAAACCUGGCUAAAGAAACUAUUCCCAUGGACUCUGCUUCCCAGAUAACGGUGAAAGGACUCAGUAAUUUGGGGAAUACUUGUUUCUUCAAUGCAGUUAUGCAGAACUUGUCACAAACGCCAGUGCUUAGAGAACUACUAAAAGAAGUGAAGAUGUCUGGAACGAUUGUAAAAAUAGAGCCACCUGAUCUGGCACUAACAGAACCUUUAGAAGUAAACCUUGAGCCUCCAGGUCCCCUUACCUUAGCCAUGAGCCAGUUUCUCAUCGAGAUGCAAGAGAACAAAAAGCGAGUUGUGACGCCUAAAGAGCUCUUUUCUCAGGUCUGUAAAAAAGCAACACGUUUUAAAGGGUACCAGCAACAAGACAGCCAGGAGCUGCUUCGCUACCUACUGGAUGGGAUGAGAGCGGAAGAACACCAAAGAGUGAGUAAAGGAAUUCUUAAAGCAUUUGGUAAUUCUACUGAAAAAUUGGAUGAAGAAGUAAAAAAUAAAGUUAAAGAUUAUGAAAAGAAAAAGGCAAUCCCAAGCUUUGUGGACCGCAUCUUUGGUGGCGAGCUGACGAGUACGAUCAUGUGUGAUGAAUGCAGGACUGUCUCCUUGGUGCAUGAAUCUUUCCUUGAUUUGUCUCUUCCAGUUUUAGAUGAUCAAAGUGGUAAGAAAAGUGUAAAUGAUAAAAAUGUCAAAAAGACAAUGGAGGAAGAAGAUAAAGACAGUGAGGAAGAGAAAGAUGACAGCUACAUGAAAACAAGGAGUGAUCUUCCCUCAGGGACAAGCAAGCACCUUCAGAAAAAGGCCAAGAAGCAGGCCAAGAAGCAGGCCAAGAACCAACGAAGGCAACAAAAAAUUCAAGAAAGAUUUCUUCACUUCAAUGAGAUCUGCACCACUGACUACACUGAAGACAAUGAACGUGAAGCCGAGACAGCACUUCCGGGAGAAGUGAAAGUGGAUACCGAAUCCAGCCAUGGUUCUCAAGAGGAACUUACACAGACGGGGUUUUAUGUUAACCAGAAGGAUUUGAAUGGCCAAGAGAAAAUGAUAGAAAGUACAGCUGAUGUGCAGAAAUGCCCAGAGGACCUAGAAGUGAAAAGUGUCAACACCGAGAGUGAUCUGGGAAUUGUGGCAUCUGCUACUGAAUGUCCUAGAAAUUUAAACGAUGCCUUCCUGGAAGAAAGGACCAGUGGAGAACUAGACAUUAUCAAUGGUUUAAAAAACCUUAAUUUGAAUGCUACUGUUCAUCCUGAUGAAAUAAAUAUAGAGAUUCUGAAUGACAGUCAUUCUCCUGCAUCCACGGUAUAUGAGGUCAUUAACGGGGAUCCAGAAACUGCUUUCUGUACCCUCGCAAACCGGGAAGCUUUUAGUACUGAUGAGUGUUCAAUCCAACAUUGUUUGUAUCAGUUCACCCGGAAUGAGAAACUUCAAGAUGCGAAUAAACUGCUUUGUGAAGUGUGUACAAGACGGCAGUGUAAUGGACCAAAGGCAAAUAUAAAAGGUGACAGGAAGCAUGUUUACACCAAUGCCAAGAAGCAGAUGCUGGUCUCCCUCGCGCCUCCUGUCCUCACUCUGCAUUUAAAGAGAUUCCAGCAGGCUGGUUUUAACCUGCGCAAAGUUAACAAACACAUAAAAUUUCCAGAAAUCUUAGAUUUGGCUCCUUUUUGUACCCUUAAAUGUAAGAACGUUGCUGAAGAAAGUACAAGAGUACUGUAUUCCUUAUACGGAGUUGUUGAACACAGUGGUACUAUGAGGUCAGGGCAUUACACUGCCUAUGCGAAGGAGAGGACUCCAAGUUGUCAUCUCUCCAAUCUUGUUCUUCAUGGUGACAUUCCACAAGAUUGUGAAAUGGAAUCAACCAAAGGGCAGUGGUUUCACAUCAGCGAUACACAUGUGCAAGCUGUGCCUAUAACUAAAGUACUAAAUUCACAAGCGUAUCUCCUAUUCUAUGAGAGAAUACUGUGAUAACAAAAAAUGCUUUCUCUGGAAAUACACCUAUGGCUUUUAUACUGGCUAUUAUAACAAUAAAAAGUUAAACUAUAAAUCAUGUUCACCUAAGUAAAUGACAAAAAAAAAUCAUGUUUAUUUAAAUACAGGCAAAAUAAUUUACAGCAGUUUUGUAUUAGCAUACUGGUUUUUAUUCUUUCUAGUUUCAACUUUAGGAAGGAAUUGAAUAACUAAAGUUCUGUGCUUAAUCUGACUGGGUGGUAGUUCUUGAGACACCAAUAAACUGAUAUUGCCAAAACUUGUUUUAUUAGAUUUUAAGUUGUUAUUACUGUAUCCACUACUGGCAACACCAUGUUUUACUAUUCUAGUGCUGAGAUUAAGACUGUUUACAGCAGCAGUGACUGGGAGCGAUGUGAAAUCUUGGUGUCAGGUGUGUGCGCAUGAACUCUGUGGCUCAGCCAGUAUUGAAAAGCUGUACAUCAGGACACUGUCUGAACUGUUUGUUUGUUCACUAUGGGAUAUGACAAACAAAUAUUUAGAAGCCAGGGUAUCAGGUCACUGGAGCUUAAAGAUUUUCAAGGCCAUGGGAUUGGGGGAACAACUUUGGAAAUGUAAACAACAGAUUAAAAAGUGUCUUUCCCAAACAUAAGACAUGGCAUGAUGGUUGUAGCAAACCAGAUAUACACUGAGAACAGGCAUGUAAAUGAUUAAACAGCAACACGUUUAUUGUACCACCCAGCAGAGUACAAACACAAAUA